AUGGUGUUGGCGCCCAGCGUACCAAGAGAAAGAUUGAAGCAUGCCGAAGACAUUGCUCUGCAGACGAAAAGCAAGCAGAAUCCAAGCAAUUUCAGAGAGCCUGGGCGGUCACUGUCAGUGAACAGAACGAAGUUCUACUUCCAGGGGCUGGCUUCCGGCUUGUUUCGCGUCACUGCAACUGGCGGCGUGCCGAACAGAGGCAGCUCGGUGCCUUCGGGCAGAGAGCGGUAUGCCUGCUGGGGCCAGCCGGAAACCGAAGCCCUACCCGUGAGAUUUCGAUCUGGCAUCGAUGCCCAGGACCGGCUUCAACGUUUCGAGAUAUUAUGCGGUUUCGCCUCGUUUCGCCCUCUGCUGAACGGCCUCUCACGAAAAGACAACACAGCACCUAUGUCCACCAAGGCCCAACAUCUAGUCCAGCUCGAUGACAAGGAGUGA